AUGGAUGUUGGCAGGGCUUUCAGGGCGAUGGAGAUGGGCUGCGCGAGGAAUAGAGUGAGGAGGGACUUCAUGGACCAACGAUUCCACGAGCGGCCUGGAAUGAAACGAAAGCGUCUCAAGAGACAGCGAUGGGCGAAGCGAUUCAAGGACAAUUUUGUCAGAACUGUACAGCUUGUACAGCGCAUGAAGAAGCAGGGCUGGUAG